AAUUUAGAGGUAAUUGUACAAUAGAAAGAGAGUGAGGUCCACGACGUGAAUAUUGGAAUGAAUGAAUCUAAAAGGUUUCAACGCUUUGAUCUUAUGCGUUAACAGAAAAUGGAGAUACAGCAAUGGUUGAAGCUUAGAUUCUCCUUCAAAAACGCAACCAUUCUUGUCUGCUUCCUCAACAUAAUCACUGCAAUCUUCUUGCUUCAUGGAUUUCUCACUUCUCCCUACACUCGCAACAAACUCUCCACUGCUAACUCUAACUCAGCUCAACUCAGUUACAUUAAGGAAUCUGAAGAGAUUCGCCUUGCCAUGCUACCUUUGGAGCUAAUAAAAAGAGUAAAAGAGAUUGAGCAGGAAGGGUACACUGAACCUGAAACAGCCCAGAAGAAAGAGACGAAGCAAACAGCUGCAGUUGAUCUGUCUAAAAGGUUAAAGGACUUCCGUUCCGUGAAUGAUGCUUCCAGUUUGAGAGCUUUGGAGGAAUGGCGUAAAAGGAAGAUGGAGAGGGCAAGACAAAGACAAUUGGAGAAAAAUGGAACAACCUCCUCUUAACCUUGACUUUAUAUACUUUCUUAUAUACAUGUAUAUUGCAUAACAUACAUCAUCAUACCACUUUGGAUCCGUCUCCUGCAUAAAACAAAGGCAGGAGGGAGAGAGAGGAUCCAUAUCUGCAAAGACAUUAUUCUUGGAUACAUAAAUCGAUUGUGAUUGUUACCAUAUGACUGCCCUCGUGUUGUUUUUUCUUUUUUUAAAAUAUAAAAUAUAAAGAAAUAAUUUACCAUC